AUGGCUCAGAAAAUGGACUGUGGUGCGGGCCUCCUCAGCUUCCAGGCUGAGGCCUCUAUAGAAGACAGCACCUUGCUUAUGCAGACCCUGAUGGAGGCCAUCCAGAUCUCAGAGGCUCCACCUACCAACCAGGCUCCUGCAGCUGCCUUCGGGCAGAAUUCUUGUCCCCACAGUUCACAGCCCCCAACAACGGCUGAUUAUCAGGUUUCAGCAGCUGCAGCUCGGCCUAAAGCAGCCUUUAAGGCCAAGAAUGCUACCACAAAAGGCCCCAGAGCUGCCUGUGAUUUCUCUAAGGCCCUUAGUGCCAAAGAGCCAUCACCUAAGGCUGCCUUUGUGACCCGGAAUGCCACCCGAAAGAGCCCAAAUGCGGCCUAUGAUUUUUCCCAAGUAGCAGCCAAAGAGUUAACUGCCAACAAAUCUGAGGUCGCCUUUAAGGCCCCAAAUGCCACUACUAAGGUGGGCCCAAAUGCCACUUACAAUUUCUCUCAGUCUCUCAAUGCCAGUGAAAAGUCAAACACUCAGCCUAAGACAGCCUUCAAGGCUUGGAAUGAUAAUACUAAGGCCCAAACAGCUAAUACCCAGACUCAGAAUGUUAAGCAAACCAAAGUGGCUACUUCUAAGGCUGGCAUAGGGGCCAACCCAGUUAACUCUGUAUCUGAUGGUGCAGCUGCACAGACAUCAGCAGAUGGUUCCCAGGCUCAGAAUCUGGAGUCCAGGACUAUAAUCCGGGGCAAGAGGACCAGAAAGAUUAAUAACUUGAAUGUGGAAGAGAACCGCAAUGGGAAUCAAAGGCGGGCCCCACUGCCUGCAGGGACCUGGAGGUCUGCACCGAUUCCAGUUACCACUCAGAACCCACCCUACGCACCCCCGAAUGUGCUCUGGCAGACCCCAUUGGCAUGGCAGAACCCAUCAGGCUGGCAAAACCCGCCAGUCAGGCACAUCCCAGCAGCACGUCAGAACCCCCCAGCCAGGCAGACCCCACCAGCCUGGCAAAGCCCAGUUGCUUGGCAGAAUCCAGUGAUCUGGCAGAGCCCAGUGAUCUGGCAGAGUCCAGUGAUCUGGCCUGGUCCAGUUGUCUGGCCUGGUCCAGUUGUCUGGCCAAACCCAUUGGUCUGGCAGAAUCCACCUGGAUGGCAGGCCCCACCUGGAUGGCAGGGUCCACCUGGAUGGCAGGGUCCUCCAGAUUGGCAAAGCCCUCCUGACUGGCAGCUACCACACAACUGGCCACUUCCGACAGACUGGCAGCUCCCACAUGACUGGAUCCCCACCGAUAAUAGGCCAGUUCCACCUGACUGGCAGAACCUACGACCCUCAUCAAACGUGCGUCCCCCUCCCAACCCACGUGCCCCACAGAACAUGGGUGCUCCACAGAACAUGGGUGCUCCACAGCCCCGAGAUGUGGCCCUUCUUCAGGAAAGGGCGAAUAAGUUGGUCAAGUACUUGAUGCUUAAAGAUUACACAAAGGUGCCCAUCAAGCGCUCAGAAAUGCUGAGGGAUAUCAUCCGUGAAUACACUGAUGUUUAUCCAGAAAUCAUUGAGCGUGCAUGCUUUGUCCUGGAGAAGAAAUUUGGGAUUCAACUGAAGGAAAUUGACAAGGAAGAACACCUGUAUAUUCUCAUCAGUACACCCGAGUCCCUGGCUGGCAUACUGGGAACGACCAAAGACACACCCAAGCUGGGUCUCCUCUUAGUGAUUUUGGGUGUUAUCUUCAUGAAUGGCAACCGUGCCAGUGAAGCUAUCCUCUGGGAGGCACUACGCAAGAUGGGACUGCGUCCUGGGAUGAGACAUCCUCUCCUUGGAGAUCUGAGGAAACUUCUUACUUAUGAGUUUGUAAAGCAAAAGUACCUGGACUAUAGACGAGUGCCCAACAGCAACCCUCCUGAGUAUGAGUUCCUCUGGGGCCUCCGUUCCUACCAUGAGACUAGCAAAAUGAAAGUGCUGAGAUUCAUUGCAGAGGUUCAAAAGAGAGACCCUCGCGACUGGACUGCACAGUUUAUGGAAGCUGCAGAUGAGGCCUUGGAUGCUCUGGAUGCUGCUGCAGCUGAGGCCGAAGCCCGGGCUGAGGCGAGAACCCGCAUGGGGAUCGGAGAUGAGGCUGUUUCUGGCCCCUGGAGCUGGGAUGACAUUGAGUUUGAGCUGCUGACCUGGGAUGAGGAAGGAGAUUUUGGAGAUCCUUGGUCCAGAAUCCCAUUUACCUUCUGGGCCAGAUACCACCAGAAUUCCCGUUCCAGAUUUCCUCAGACCUUCACUGGCCCAAUUGCUGGCCCUGGUGCUACAGCCAGUGCCAACUUUGCUGCCAACUUUGGUGCCAUUGGUUUCUUCUGGGUUGAGUGA